AUGGGAAGAUUACCCACCACAAACCACACCACACCACACCACAGGCCUUCAGCACACGACGCUCUUCCACAUGCUGACCCAGCUAUGUGCCUCCUCUUCGAGAAGGUCCGACGCCUGGAGAGCGAGCAGCAUCGCAGUCACCAGCCCCUCUGGGCAAAACCGCGACCUGGCCCCUUCACCGAGCGUAUCCUCAACUAUCAUCAGGAGAAAGACAUUCAGCCACUUCGUAUUACCUCCUACGCAGGCACAGAGGACCCCCUCACCCAUAUCCAUUCCUUCCAGUCCGCCCUCGGAUGCAAGGGCCUUAGUGACGAGGGCAUGUGUCUCCUUUUCCCUUCUACCUUCAGUGGCGCAGCCCUGAAUUGGUUCUACAGGUUAAACCCCCGAACUAUCAACUCCUUUGAUAGCUUGAAGCAAACCUUCCUGGAUCAUUUCAUGAUCCAGACCGAUCGCCUCUACUCCGCGGACGAUCUAUACAUGCUUCGUCAGGGGGAAGACGAACCCCUCCGGGAGUAUGCAGCCCGCUUUAGUCAUGAGUACUCUCGCUGCCCGGAUACCGAUGAUCGGGCUGCCUUCGGCGCCUUCAAGAGUGGCCUUAGAGAAUCCAACUUCCGCUACCUGGUCCACAGCAACCCAUGGAACACAUAUGCGGAACUGAUGAAGCAGGCCGCUGUCCAUGCAAAGGCUGAGUACUUUAAUUCCAAACGUGGCCCGGCUACCUUGGCACGUGACGCUCAUGUUAACCGCCCCCCUGCUCCGGUACCCAACCCAGCCCCACCUCAAUAUUCUGCUCCCACCCAAGACAACCAGGGUACCCAGCAUCCCAAAAGGAAGGAUAGCUACCAGCACACCUUCAGCAAUGGGAAGCGUGGCAGACAUGGCAACCAUCACCAGUCCAACGGAAGCAACCCCCCCAGGACAGGUGAUCGGGCUCCACUCCCUUUCACACCCAAGCCUAGAUUCGAGGUCUUCACCACCCUCAACACCACCUAUGAGAAUGUCCUGGUGCACGAGGCACCAAUGAUACCCAAGCCUCCCCCCCGGAGACCGACCAGCAAGCCUAUGCCAAACACAGGUGUCUUCUGUCGCUUUCAUCAGUUCAGUGGCCAUGACACUGAAUCUUGUAUUUCCUUGCGCAACAUCAUUGAGGGACUCAUCCGUGAGGGGAAGCUGGAUAAAUAUGUGCACAAUCUCCCACCCCCACCUAACCCUCACCAACGGCAAAUCAACAUGAUUUCCACCAUCAGUGGUGGCCCUACGUUGGCUGGCACAUCCAAUAACUCCAUCAAACAUUAUGUCCGCUCCACCUAUGCGCACCAGGUCUUCAGCACCGAGCAGGGACGCUUGCCGAAGACCCAUAAAUUAGGCUGGGCCCCCAUUACCUUUAGCGAGGAAGAGGAGCGUGGUGUCAUUCUCCCUCAUGACGACCCACUCAUCAUCCGGGCGGACAUCUCUAACUUCGAUGUUGGGCGUAUCCUGGUGGACACUGGCAGCUCGGUCAGUGUGAUGUUUGCUGACGCUUUCAACGAACUCCAGGUCCCUACUCACUUGCUGGACCGAGGUAUCACACCUCUGGUGAGCUUCUCUGGCGAUAUUGUCCAGCCCAUUGGAAGCAUUCACCUCCCUAUCUCCAUUGGCUCAGCACCACGGCGAGCAACGGUCACCACUCCCUUUCUCAUCGUUGACUGCCCCACAGCCUACAAUGUCAUCCUUGGGCGCCCCGCCUUGGCCCAAAUGAAGGUCUUCAUUUCCACGCACAUGUUGUUAUUGAAGUUCCCUACACCCCAUGGCACGGGCACGGUGCGUGGCGACCAACUUGGCGCCCGAAGCUGCUAUGCCUCAACAGUGAAGUCCACCACUCGCCAGCGUAAGGGUGAGGCCCUAGCAGUAACCAAAGCCCCAGCCCCUCCUCGAGCUGGCACUGAGCGACCUGAGGACCCCAGGGAGGAAUCUAUCACCCAACUAGCCGAACCUGUGGAAGACCUUGAACUAGUUACUCUUGAUGACAACAUCCCAGACCGACAAGUCCGAAUCGGCACCUCUCUCUCACAAGAGCUUCGCUCUGACCUUGUCGCCUUCCUCCGCCUCAACUCUGAGGUCUUCGCCUGGUCUUACAAUGACAUGCCCGGCAUAUCACCAGACGUCAUAUCCCAUCGGCUAAGCAUCAAUCCUGCAGUCCGACCCGUUCGGCAGAAGCGUCGUGCUUAUGACCCAGAGCGAUACGAGGCCAUGAAGGCAGAGGUGGACAAGUUAAGCAGCAUAGGCUUCAUCAAGGAGGUAGACUAUCCCACGUGGCUAGCUAACGUGGUCAUGGUUAGGAAGCCAAAGAAAGGCUGGCGCAUGUGUGUAGAUUACACUAAUCUCAAUCGGGCUUGUCCAAAGGAUAGCUUUCCUCUACCUAGAAUCGACCAACUCGUGGACGCCACAGCAUGCCAUGCCCUUCUUAGCUUCAUGGACGCCUACUCAGGGUACAACCAAAUCUUCAUGCACCCUGACGACCAAGCCCACACCUCCUUCAUUACGGAUCGCGGCCUCUAUUGUUAUAAGGUUAUGCCCUUCGGCCUCAAAAAUGCUGGAGCCACUUAUCAGCGCCUGGUGAACAGCCUCUUCGCCCCAUUGAUUGGCAACACUAUGCAAGUUUACGUCGAUGACAUGCUAGUCAAGAGUCGUACUGCUGACCAGCACAUCACUAACCUAUCUGCCAUGUUCACCAUCCUGAAGCAGUAUAGGAUGAGACUCAAUCCCACUAAGUGCGCCUUCGGUGUGGCUUCGGGCAAAUUCCUUGGCUUCAUGAUCAGCCAACGGGGCAUUGAAGCCAAUCCAGAGAAGAUCCAAGCUAUCUUAGACAUGAAGAUACCAACGACGGUCAAGGACAUCCAGAGCCUAACCGGGCGCGUCGCAGCCCUCACCAGGUUUAUCUCCAAGGCUACUGAUCGCUGCGCCCCCUUCUUCAAAGCUCUCAGGGGCACUAAGCGUACCAUCGCCUGGACCCCAGAGUGUGACAAGGCUUUCAACGAGCUCAAAGAGUACAUGAGCCGGGCCCCUUUGUUGUCAACCCCUGAACCUGGAGACAUGUUGUCUACAGCAGUUAGCUCGGUGCUCAUCAGACCACAAGAAGGCGUUGAGCAUCCGGUGCAUUACGUUAGCAAGGCAUUACAGGAUGCUGAGGUUCGGUACCCAUUCAUCGAGAAGCUGGCUUUUUCCUUAGUAGUGUCCGCCAGACGCCUGAGACCUUAUUUCCAGGCACAUACCAUUCAUGUCCUCACCAACCAACCACUCAGACAAGUAUUGCAGAAGCCAGAGACUUCUGGCAGGCUAGUCAAGUGGGCUAUCGAACUUGGUGAAUUUGAUAUCCACUACAAGCCUCGCCCGGCUACCAAAGGCCAGGCAGUCGCAGACUUCAUCUCUGAGUUCACAGAACCCCAAGCUUUGGCCACCCUCCAGGGAUGUGGGGCCGGCCUUGUUCUUAUCUCCCCAGAUAAGGUUGUCCUUGAGUACGCCCUCCGCUUCCAAUUCCAUGCCUCAAAUAAUGCAGCCGAGUAUGAAGCACUCCUAGCUGGCCUUCGGCUAGCCAAGGAGAUGGGCGCUAAGCAAAUCCAGAUAUUCAGUGACUCCAAGCUCGUUGUUCAUCAGGUUAACCAGGACUUCAUCGCCAAGGACAUCUCUAUGACAGCAUACCUUCAACAUAGCCGCCACAUGUUGACUACUUUUGAUGCUUAUCUCAUCAGCCAGGUACCACGUUCGGAGAACAGCCAUGCCGAUGCUUUGGCUAGGCUAGCCUCGGCCUUGGAUCAGGGCAGCGGCCGAAGCAUCCACAUCGAGUUCCUGGAUCGCCCCAGCACACAAACCCCACUCAUCUGCACCAUUGAUCACAGCCCUACUUGGAUGGACCCCAUCCUUCAAUUCUUGCAAAACCAGACACUACCUGCUGAUCCUGCUAAGGCACGGCGUGUUCGGUAUCGCUCCACUCGAUACCUAAUCAUCAAUGGCUCUCUAUAUAGGCGUGGCUUUAGCCUUCCCUACCUUCGAUGUCUUACUCCAGAAGAAGGUAAUUAUGUUCUUCGAGAGAUCCAUGAAGGCAUCUGCGGCAAUCAUUCAGGCGCUCGAUCGCUAGCACAUAAGGCCAUCAGGCAAGGAUACUUCUGGCCCUCACUUCACACUGAUGCCCAGGCCUUCACCCAGAAGUGCGAUAAGUGUCAACGAUUUGCCAACAUUCCACAACUUCCAGCUGAACCAUUGACAGCCAUGGUCAGUCCUUGGCCAUUUGCCCAAUGGGGACUUGACCUCAUUGGACCUAUGCCUGAGGGCAAGGGCCAGGUCAAGUACGCAGUUGUUGCCGUAGACUACUUUACCAAGUGGGCUGAAGCCGAGGCCUUAGCUACCAUCACGGCAGCCCGCAUCGAAACUUUCGUUUGGCAAAAUAUUGUAUGUCGCUUCGGCAUCCCCCAAACCAUCGUCACGGACAAUGGCCGGCAAUUUGACAACGCAAAGUUCAAACAAUUUUGUUCCAACCUUAAGAUACGCCUUUGCUUCGCCUCCCCAGCCCAUCCCCAGUCCAAUGGCCAGGUCGAAGCUGUGAACAAAAUAAUCAAGAAGACCCUGAAGACCAAGCUUGACAAAGCCAAGGGUUGUUGGCCAGAACUACUCCCAGAGGUGCUCUGGUCCUACCGCACUACCUUCCGUACCUCCACUGGAGAAACACCGUUCUCUCUUUCAUUUGGUACCGAAGCCGUGGCCCCAGUGGAAAUUGGCCAGCCCACAUACCGAACCUCCACUUAUAAUGCCGAGGCCAAUGACGAGCAGUUAGCCCUGAACCUCGACCUCAUUGACGAGCUUCGUGACUAA